AUGGGCCAACUGCCGACUGCACAAGUCUCCCCGUCUCGUCCGUUCUCGCACACGGGUGUGGACUUCACUGGACCGAUCCCCGUCCUGUUUUCAAGAGGACGAGGCGCCAAAACAACCAAAGGCUACAUCGCCGUCUUUAUUUGCACUGUCACACGGGCAGUUCACCUCGAGGUAGCCUCUGACCUUUCAACCCAUGCUUUUCUUGCAGCCUACUCUCGUUUCACUGCACCCCGUGGAGUUUGCGCUGUGCUGUACUCGGACAACGCCACGAACUUCAAAGGCGCAGCUUCCGAGCUUCAGCGCAUGCUGGCCAGCUCUUCAUUUGCUUCAAACAUCUCCGAGAAGCUGGAAGCCGCCGUCCGAAGCGCAAAGCAUCACCUCAAGCGCGUGAUCGGCGAGACAAGGCUCACCUUCGAAGAACUGUCGACGUUGUGCACCAAAAUUGAGGCCUGCCUCAACGCAAGGCCACUGUGCGCCUUGAGCAAUGAAGUUACAGGCGAGCUCGCCCUCAGUCCAGCACAUUUCCUGGUCGGCUCUGCGCUGCUCUCUCACCCCGAGCGAUAUGACGAAGCGCAGAGGCCAAUGUCACCUUCCAACCGUUGGAAGCUACUUGUCGACCUUCAUAACUCAUUUUGGUCCAGCUGGAGAAAGGAGGUCCUGCAUCAGCAUCUUAAGCGAUGCAAGUGGCAGACUCCUCGAACGAAUUUACAAGAAGGAGACGUCGUUCUCGUGCGUGAUGAACUCGCGCCCCCAGCCACCUGGCCCUUGGAUGUGGUAAUUGCCACGCAGGCCGGGGCGGAUAACCUUGUGCGCGUAGCCACGGUGAAGACGGCUGCCUCGACGCUUCCGCGACCAAUUGGGAAGCUUGUUAAACUGUUAACUCAACCCGAACUCGAGAAGUGCUAUUCCGAGCAAUCAAAAUAA